GGCGUCGGCGAGCUCGGCGUCUCGUGCUCAGAGCUCGAGGAGAAGCUGCGCGAGAUCCUCGAGGUCGCGUCGGCGUGGGACGCGGUUGUUCUCAUCGACGAGGCGGACAUCUUCCUCGAGCGGCGCUCGGAGAACGACAUCCACCGCAACGCGAUGGUGGGCGUCUUCCUUCGCCUCCUCGAGUACCAUCAGGGUGUCCUGUUUCUCACUACCAAUCGCGUCCGCUCCUUUGACGACGCCUUCCACUCGCGCAUCUCUGUCGCGCUGCGGUACGAGGCGCUCGGCAAGCCGGCACGCGCCGAGGUGUGGGCAAACCUGCUCGGCGCGGCAGGGAUCGGCGAGCUCGACCCAUCGGCACUCGCCGACUACGAGCUCAACGGCCGCCAGAUCAAGAACACCAUCCGGCUGGCACAGUCGCUGGCGGCGAGCGAGGGCGUCGGCGUGAGCGCCGAGCACGUCGCGCGCACCGUCGGCGUGACGGCGCAGUUCCAAAAGGAGAUGCAGGGGCCCGAGUGCUAGGCGCCGGGUGCCGGCGCGCUAUGGCUGCGUGGUUCGCGGAAGGCUGAGUGAGGGGCGCACGGGCGAGGACCACGUGUGCCCACAGCCCGAGCUUGAGAUUCGGGAGACGAAGACACGAAGUGGGGAAGUCGUGGUGAUGACUGAUGAGUGAUUGAGUGCCCUUUUGUUGAUCAUG